AUGGCCGCCCGAUCCGAAUCCCCGUUUAGCGCGGCGCCGACCCGACGCCGAUCGCGCCCCCGCGAUUUCCGACGAUCCGAUCCCCCGAGGGGGGUUUCACCCGCCCCCGCGCGACCGAUCCCGGGGACCCGCGCCGACACCCAAAAUUCCCGCCGCGUACCCGACCCCCGCGCCCCGGGCCCCGAUCCCCCCCCCGAUCGUUUUCCCCGCCCGAUCGCCAAAUCGCCCGAUUGGGGAUUCCCGCCGGAUCGCAAAUUUUUCCGGGGAUCCCCCGACCCGUUUCCCGCGGGGCCCCCUCCGAUCGCCCGACCCCCGACGGCCCGGGGGCCGACCCCGGGGGUUUCGCCCCCCGGGCCCGCGCCCCCGUUUCCCCCGGGUUUGUCGCGCGACCCCGCCGACGACCGGGGAUUUGGGGCGACCAAUUCCCCGAUUCCCGACGUUUCGGGGGUUUUCCCCCGCCCCUGGGCCCCGGGAUCGGGGCCCGGGGAAACCCCGGUUUUCCCCGAUCCACGAUCGGGGAACCCGGAUCCCCGGCCCCGGCGCCGAUCCCGACCCGAUCCGAGGGAUGCCGUUUUGGGACUUUUCGCCGCCCCGCGAUCCGCCCCCCCCUCGAUCCCCGGGGAUUUCCCCCCCCGGGUUCCCGCCCCCGCCGGGGCCCCCCCCUUUUUCCCGGGGACCCAGCCGCCGCCCCCCCGCGACCCCCCAAGGGUUUCCGAUCGCCGCCGAUUCGCCAAACCCGCAAAUGGGAACCGCCCGCCCGCCCCCCCGCCCGGGAUUAUCGACGCGCCCCCCGACCCCGGCGAUUUCGACCCCGAGCGCCGACCGACGAUCCGCCCCGGCCCCCGCGCGCGAUCGAUCGGAUCCGCCGACCCCGAUCCCCCGGGGAAUUCCCCCCUCGCCGGCGAGCCCCGCGAUUUCCCCCCGCCGUGGUCGCCCCGAUCCCGUUUCCCGCGAUGA